UAGUGGACACAUUUUGAGUUACUUUUGUCAAGAUGAUGUUAACAGGAAGAUCGGCAUAAACAAGCUUGGUGAUCUUCAGGUGACUACCUUUUGGGGUUAUGCUGCUACUAUUUCUCGAAAGGAGGAUAUGAUGAUAUAUACAGGUCGUUCACAACAAAUGCAAAAGUUGGAUGCUCUAAGAUCAUGUCCAAUUCUCUUGAUUGGAACUAUGCUCUUAUUGAGGACGUUAUGAAGACUGUUUCAAAGUUAUCAUUUUAUUUCUUUUGGCUUUGGUAGUUGAAUGUGUUGUAACUUCUGUUUGGUUUGCAAUUAACGUAAGAAAGGCUGUUUGUAUAAGGUUUUUGCCUUUUCACCAUGGUUUCUCCAGUGGUGGAACUUGCUGUUCAGUUUUGUAAUAUAUAUAAAAAGUCCUUUG